AUGGCCUGCGGAUGCGCUGGACAUAUCGCACGUGAUUGUAAAAACCCACGACCUGGAGGAGCAGAAGCUGCUGGAGAUGGUGGUAUGGACGAUGAAUACUCGGCGCUUAUGGAAGAACUUGGAGAACGACCAGCUCGCAAUGCAGAUGGUUCUAUUCGAGGCCGUGGAGCAGCAGCGUACCGUGGCGCAACCAGAGGAACUACCAGUUUCUUCCCUCGCGGUGCACUAACCAGUCAGCAGCCUGUCAUAAGAGUCAACUUGAGCACAGCUGCUCAGCAGAAUGCAAUGAUGACGGGAAUGAUGCCUCCGCCACCGGGCAUGAGACCUCCAUACGGAAUGACUCCACCUACUGCUGCUGAUCCUUACCAACCGCAAGGAUUCUUUGCUAGUCCAGGUGCUAGAGGAGCGCGUGGAGCUGGAGCUGCGGCAUUUAGAGGAGGUUGGUAUGGAGGCGCUACAUCGAUGCCGUUACCAGUUCCACCACCGCCACCUCCGCCCACGGGUGGAUUCCCGCCUCCACCUCCUCCUCCACCUCCAGCCCCACAAACGGACCUUUCAAGGAUCUUAUCUGCACCAGCUCCGCCACCUCCUCCACCUCCCCCACCCCAGCAGUAA